AUGUUGGUGUCUCAACCCUACGUGUGGAAGUUCACAUUAGAAAUACGCGAGGGAGCUCAAAGCUCAGAGGCCGCGUUCGCAGACGAGGCGCCCGCGCGGAUUGUAACCGCCCAGCGGUGCGGAAAUCACGAGACCAUUGUGCCAGCCCUCGCGGGUGAGCCACCCGCCUGUCUCUCUAUACUUAGAGAUUUUAGUGCUGGCUUUUAA